AUGGAAGCUCAACCUGAGCCAGCUUGGUGGAGAGUGCUGGAAGUUGCACACAGCCCAAGGAGGGUUUCCGCAAGCAGUUUCAGGUGUUUGAGGAUUUGGGUGGGCACCUUGAUUUGCUGGAGCAGUGGUGUUCAUGCGAAAAAGGGCUUCAACUUCAGUGACAUGUAUGUGUGGUACAUCUGCUCAGUUGCUUCAAGAACAAGAUUGCUUUCUAACCGCUAUUGUUACCUCAAUGAUGCUACUGUCAGUUGGUAUGGAAUCGCAUCUGACCAGGAUGGGUAUGGUCUACAUCUGGUGGUCAUAAAUGGGGCCGAUUGA